AAGAGAGAGCGAGCAAGAGACUCCUGUCUGUGAGUAAGUGUGUGUGUGGUUUGUGUGUCAUAACACCAUUGUCUUCGGUGGGUGAAUCUCGCUCAGCAAAGGUCGGCCAGCAACUUGCAAUUUGGCCUUGGGUGCCCCAAUCAGCUCCGAGUCCAUCCAGUCCCUUCGCCCGUUUGAAGCCAAGCCUUCACCCGCUUACUAGGCCGCCCACCAUGGAUGACAUGGAUACGGGCUCGAACUCCGGCUCGGCUUCGGGCGAUCCCAUUCCUCGGGAUUUCGAUGAGGACGAGGAUGAUGAGGUGGACGAUGUGGACGAGGUGGCCCAAGAUGUUAUUUUGAGUCCGUUGCGCGGCAAUGGCGGCGGAGGCGUGGGCGUGGGAGGGAACGGGAGUGGCAGUCAUAACCCUGAAGAUCGGGGCCAUCACAGUGGUCUGUCCCGCAUGAUGAUGUUGGGUGGCACGAGCGACGAUCUACCCACACCCAUGCAAAUGUCGCCCUCGACCUACCUGAUGGGUGGUGAUUCCAUGAGCGUGUCCAAAGGGCGGAGCAAGUCGGGCACGCCGGGUAGUCCGGUGGUGAGUUUGGUGAGCGGCGCCACGGACACGGCUUGGGCCAACGUGGCCCCGACCACGAAAUACGAACCCUCGCCCAAGUACCUCAAGGAGAAGUGUGUGUGCUUGAACCAUUUCCAUUCGUGGACGGAACAAGAUCAGAUCGACUUCGUGGAAGACUUGUUACAGGGCAUGUGCCAUCAUCAGCACGGCACGGUCAAUGCCUUUCUCAAACCCAUGCUUCAGCGGGACUUUAUCAGCCUGCUGCCCAAGAAAGGCCUGGAUCAUGUGGCUGAGAACAUUCUCAGCUACUUGGACGCCCAAUCUUUGUGCGCGGCCGAGUUGGUGUGCACGUCGUGGCUGCGCGUCAUCUCCGAAGGCAUGUUGUGGAAGAAGCUCAUCGAGCGCAAAGUGCACACGGACAGUUUGUGGCGCGGAUUGGCCGAGCGCCGGACCUGGAUCAAGUAUCUGUUCAUUCCCAAGCCGGGCGAGUCGCAUCCGGAUCACUCGUUCUACCGGCGCCUCUACCCGUCCAUCAUCAAGGACAUUGAAACAAUUGAGAACAAUUGGCGGUGUGGCAAACAUAACCUCCAGCGCAUUAAUUGCCGCUCGGAAAACUCCAAAGGCGUUUACUGUCUCCAGUACGACGACAACAAGAUCGUUUCGGGUCUGCGUGAUAACACCAUUAAGAUGUGGGACAGGAACUCGUUGUCCUGCCUUCGCGUGCUCAACGGACACACGGGUUCAGUGCUUUGCCUCCAGUACGACGACAAAGUGAUCAUUUCCGGCUCGUCCGAUUCUACGGUCCGCGUGUGGGAUGUGGCUAGUGGUGAAAUGGUUAACACCCUGAUUCAUCAUUGCGAGGCCGUGCUCCAUCUUCGAUUCUACAACGGCAUGAUGGUGACUUGCUCGAAGGAUCGGUCCAUCGCGGUGUGGGACAUGGUGUCUUCCACGGAAAUCAACCUCCGGCGCGUGCUCGUGGGCCAUCGCGCGGCCGUCAACGUCGUGGAUUUUGACGAGAAAUACAUUGUGUCAGCUUCGGGUGAUAGAACCAUCAAGGUAUGGAACACCUCCUCUUGUGAGUUUGUGCGCACACUCAACGGGCACAAGAGGGGGAUCGCUUGCCUCCAAUAUCUGGACCGACUGAUCGUGUCCGGAAGCUCAGACAAUACCAUUCGCUUGUGGGACAUAGAGAGUGGAGCGUGCUUGCGGGUGCUCGAAGGCCACGAGGAACUGGUCCGAUGCAUUCGAUUUGACAGCAAACGCAUUGUGAGUGGCGCAUACGACGGCAAGAUCAAAGUCUGGGAUCUGGCCGCCGCACUCAACCCUCGCGCACCGUCAGGAACCUUAUGCAUUCGUACACUCAUGGAGCAUUCGGGUCGUGUCUUUAGGCUGCAGUUUGAUGAAUUCCAGAUAGUGAGCAGCUCGCAUGAUGAUACUAUCCUGAUUUGGGAUUUUCUAAACUGCUCGUCUGUCGAUGGGCGGUCUCCCAGUAAUCCCAACUCAUUCCAUGAACGUCGAGCUCACUAACUUAAUGAAUCUUCAUGUACGAAAAAGAAAGAAAAGGACAAAAAACAAACGCCCGCCCACCACUAACCUGUCGGCUUGUCUAGCUCUGUUGGGCUUUCAACUUGAACAUAUGCUAAAUCUACUACAACAACUUCUUCUACUUCUAAAAGUCCCCACCAUUUCCAUUAUCACCACCGCUUCAGCACUCAUUUGUCGAAAUGAAAGAAAUGCCUCUUCCUUUCGUCUAGUUCGCUUGACCUAUCGUUCCAUCGACCUCCAUUAGUGAUGGUUGAUCAUUGGGGCCCAUUUGGCCAUAUCAGCAAAAAUGUCAUUGACAAUGUAUCCGUCGGGCUGAAAUCUAGUUCAAAAACCCGUCCCUCAUUCCGUGACUUAGAACUCUCUAUUUUCAUUGCCACACUUUCUUAUCUAACGAAAAUGUCAACCCACAACAAUCAACUAUCACGCACUGAUUGAAAUUUCUAGAUAUAUUUUCUCCUUCUUUGUGGUGGUACAAUUUUUCUUUCUUGACCAAGUCAAUGUCCACUUCUAAGUUAUUCUGUUAUUUUUAUCCCUCUUGGGGAAAAUUUGAAUCUCAUUCCCGCUUCUAUGGACUCGGUGGAAUGAAUAUUUUCGACUUGGAAUGCAGGACUAGACUAUUGUCGGCAGUGGUGGUACCUCUUAAUGAAGAAGUCCUCUCAUUAUUCGAUGUGUUUCGCGAUCGAAUUAACGCUGGAGCCAUUGGCAACGGUGAAUGCAUUCCCCGACAUGGUAACACUCUCGAUCCCGUGCUGUGACGCAGCGACACGUAAAUGAAAACCCGGGCGUACACGAAAUACAUUCUUUUUUCCAAAUGA